AUGCCCUUUCCUCCAUUUCCCUCUCCUUCAAUAUGCUCUUUCCUCCAUUUCCCUUGCCUUCAAUAUGACAUUUCCUCCAUUUCCCUUGCCUUCGAUAUGUCGUUUCCUCCAUUUCCCUGUCCUUCAAUAUGCCCUUUAUUCUUUUCCCUCUCCUUCAAUAUGUCCUUUCCUCCAUUUCCCUCUCCUUCAAUAUGCCCUUUCCUCCAUUUCCCUUGCCUUCAAUAUGCCCUUUCCUCCAUUUCCCUCUCCUUCAAUAUGCCCUUUCCUCCAUUUCCCUGUCCUUCAAUAUGCCCUUUCCUCCAUUUCCCUUGCCUUCAAUAUGCCCUUUCCUCCAUUUCCCUCUCCUUCAAUAUACCAUUUCCUCCAUUUCCCUCUCCUUCAAUAUGCCCUUUCCUCCAUUUCCCUUGCCUUCAAUAUGUUCUUUCCUCCAUUUCCCUCUCCUUCAAUAUGUCCUUUCCUCCAUUUCCCUCUCCUUCAAUAUGCCCUUUCCUCCAUUUCCCUCUCCUUCAAUAUGUCCUUUCCUCCAUUUCCUUCAUCUUCGAUAUGUCCUUUCCUCUAUUUCCUUCAUCUUCGAUAUGUCCUUUCCUCCAUUUCCCUCUCCUUUGA